CACCACCACCGCCACACGCGGCUCACCAGCACCACUAGUACUUACCCCGUCCACACGCAUCAUGACUCUCCACAUCUCAAGAAGAACAUCCUAAAAAGAGUGGAACCCCUAUAUAUAGCUCUCCCCUCCCCUGCCUUCGCCUCCAUAAUUCCCUCAAACACCCAUCUCCUUCACACACACACACACAUACACAGAAACAGGGGUUGGCUUUUAACCCAUUUUGGUUUGUUUGAAGGAGAUGGCUGGUUCCAAGGCCAUUGUUGCUGCGUUCUUGGUUAUGUUCUUUGUGGACCUUUGCUUUGCAGCUAGGUUGCCCAAGGUGGGUCUUCGCAAUGGUGGCGGAGGUGGUGGAGGCGGAGGUGGCGGUGGUUCGGGACAUGGGUCUGGGCCUGCUGGCUCGGGUUAUGGUUCUGGGUACGGUUCUGGGAGUGGGCUUGGAGGAGGAGGGUACGGUAAGGGAGGAGGGGGCGGUGGAGGUGGCGGAGGCGGUCAGGGUUCUGGAGGCGGUUCCGGGUCUGGCUAUGGAUCGGGCUCAGGGUACGGGUCGGGAUAUGGGUCUGGCGGCGGGAAGGGAGGCGGCGGCGGCGGCGGUGGGGGAAAGGGUGGGGGAGGAGGCGGCGGCGUAGGUUCAGGCUCCGGCUAUGGGAGUGGCUCUGGCUACGGGAGCGGCUCCGGAUAUGGAAGCGGGAGUGGCCAUGGCGGUGGUGGAGGCGGAGGAGGAGGCAGCGGCGGCGGCGGCGGAGGUGGGUCGGGCAAUGGUUCUGGGUACGGGUCCGGCUAUGGCUCGGGCUACGGGUCUGGAUACGGCGGCGGGAGCGGCGGCGAUGAGCCGUGAACAUUUCUUUAGGAGUAUGCUCAAUGAUCUUCAUUUUCAUGGGCAAAUCUGAAAUAAACAUCCCCAUGACAUACAUACAUAUACAUAUAUGAGGCGGCGCGGUGGUGGGGGAGGACGCUGCAGUCAGUCUCUAUAGUUCAGUCUGUUUCAACACGUGACCAUAUAUAGUGUUACUCUGCAUGAGGCUAUAUAUAUAUAUAUAUAUAUAUACUUUUAGAUUACAAAUACUACUUGUAUUUUGUACUUCAGUUUAUUUCUUUAUAAAUAAACUGAAAUAUUACUUGAAUAAACAAAAUAUUACUUGAUUAAGAACUUUUA